GAACGAGAUGCUUUCUUCUGGUUAGCAGGCGAAAUGAAAACAAGACAUGACAGAGAAGAAAAAUGUAUAUAAGUGGACCAAGUGACUUCCUGCUGAGGAGCCAGCAAGAAGCAAUGCCUUAGACCUGUUUGGCUGCUGUCCUGGGUAGAAGAGUUUGGCAGCCCUAGGGAGAUGAAAUUCUUCAGCUUCGGACCCGCCCAGAGUAGAGAAGCAACACCCUCUCAGCCACUACUCUGUUGCUAUGAAACAAAAGACUAGGAAGAGAACUAAGGUUCCAGAUGGCAAAUUCUAUGAAUGGCAGAAACCCUGGUGGUCGAGGAGGAAACCCCCGAAAAGGAAGAAUUUUGGGAAUUAUUGAUGCUAUUCAAGAUGCAGUUGGACCUCCCAAGCAAGCAGCAGCAGAUCGCAGGACUGUGGAGAAAACUUGGAAACUCAUGGACAAAGUGGUCAGACUGUGCCAAAAUCCCAAACUUCAGUUGAAAAAUAGCCCACCAUACAUACUUGAUAUUUUACCUGAUACAUAUCAACAUUUGCGACUUAUAUUGAGUAAAUAUGAUGACAACCAAAAACUUGCCCAACUCAGUGAGAAUGAGUAUUUUAAAAUCUACAUUGACAGUUUAAUGAAAAAGUCAAAACGGGCAAUAAGACUCUUUAAAGAAGGCAAGGAGAGGAUGUACGAAGAGCAGUCACAGGACAGACGAAAUCUCACCAAACUGUCCCUUAUCUUCAGUCAUAUGCUGGCAGAAAUUAAAGCAAUCUUUCCUAAUGGGCAAUUCCAGGGAGAUAACUUUCGUAUCACGAAAGCAGACGCUGCUGAGUUCUGGAGAAAGUUUUUUGGAGACAAGACUAUUGUGCCAUGGAAAGUAUUCAGACAGUGCCUUCAUGAGGUUCAUCAAAUUAGCUCCGGCCUGGAAGCAAUGGCUCUGAAAUCAACAAUUGAUUUAACUUGUAAUGAUUACAUUUCAGUUUUUGAAUUUGAUAUUUUUACCAGACUCUUUCAGCCUUGGGGCUCUAUUUUACGGAAUUGGAAUUUCUUAGCUGUAACACAUCCAGGUUACAUGGCAUUUCUCACAUAUGAUGAAGUUAAAGCACGACUACAGAAAUACAGCACCAAACCCGGAAGCUACAUUUUCCGGUUAAGCUGCACUAGAUUGGGACAGUGGGCCAUUGGCUAUGUGACAGGGGAUGGCAAUAUCUUACAGACCAUACCGCAUAACAAGCCCUUAUUUCAAGCCCUGAUUGACGGCAGCAGGGAAGGAUUCUAUCUUUAUCCUGAUGGGAGGAGCUAUAAUCCUGAUUUAACUGGAUUGUGUGAACCUACACCCCAUGAUCAUAUAAAAGUUACCCAGGAACAAUAUGAAUUAUAUUGUGAAAUGGGCUCCACUUUUCAGCUUUGUAAAAUUUGUGCUGAGAACGACAAAGAUGUCAAGAUUGAGCCUUGUGGGCAUUUGAUGUGCACCUCUUGCCUUACAGCAUGGCAGGAGUCAGAUGGCCAGGGCUGCCCCUUCUGUCGCUGUGAAAUAAAAGGAACAGAGCCCAUCAUCGUCGACCCCUUUGAUCCAAGGGACGAAGGUUCCAGGUGCUGUAGCAUCAUUGACCCCUUUGGAGUGCCGAUGCUGGACCUGGAUGAUGAUGAUGACCGAGAGGAGUCCUUGAUGAUGAAUCGGUUGGCAAAUGUUCGAAAGUGCACUGACAGGCAGAAUUCACCAGUUACAUCACCAGGAUCCUCUCCCCUUGCACAGAGAAGAAAGCCGCAUCCAGAUCCUCUCCAGAUCCCACAUCUAAGCCUGCCACCAGUGCCUCCUCGCCUGGACUUAAUUCAGAAAGGCAUAGUUCGGUCUCCCUGUGGCAGCCCCACUGGUUCACCAAAGUCUUCUCCUUGCAUGGUGAGAAAGCAAGAUAAACCACUCCCCGCACCUCCUCCUCCCUUACGAGAUCCUCCUCCGCCUCCACCUGAGAGACCUCCCCCAAUCCCACCUGACAAUAGACUGAGUCGUCACUUCCAUCACGUGGAAAGUGUGCCUUCUAGAGACCAGCCAAUGCCUCUUGAAGCCUGGUGCCCUCGGGAUGUGUUUGGGAGUAAUCAGUCGGUGGUGGGAUGUCGACUCUUAGGGGAUGGCUCUCCAAAGCCUGGAAUCACAGCAAGUUCAAAUGUGAAUGGAAGACACAGUAGAGUGGGCUCUGACCCCGUGCUUAUGCGGAAACACAGACGCCAUGAUUUGCCUUUAGAAGGAGCCAAGGUCUUUUCCAAUGGUCACCUGGGAAGUGAAGAAUAUGAUGUUCCUCCCCGGCUUUCUCCUCCUCCUCCAGCUGCUGCCCUUCUCCCUAGCAUCAAGUGUACUGGCCCGUUAGCAAAUUCCCUUUCAGAGAAAACCAGAGACCCAGUAGAGGAAGAUGACGAUGAAUACAAGGUUCCUUCAUCCCAUCCUGUUUCCCUGAAUUCACAACCAUCUCAUUGCCAUAACGUAAAACCUCCUCUUAGGUCCUGUGAUAAUGGUCAUUGUAUAUUGAAUGGAACACAUGGUACAUCUUCAGAGAUGAAGAAACCAAACAUCCCUGAAUUAGGCAUAUAUUUAAAGGGAGAUGUUUUUGAUUCAGCCUCUGAUCCAGUGCCAUUACCACCUGCCAGGCCUCCAACUCGGGACAAUCCAAAGCAUGGUUCUUCACUCAACAGGACGCCCUCUGAUUAUGAUCUUCUCAUCCCUCCAUUAGGUGAAGAUGCUUUUGAUGCCCUCCCCCCAUCCCUGCCACCUCCCCCACCGCCUGCAAGGCACAGCCUCAUCGAACACUCAAAACCUCCUGGCUCCAAUAGCCGACCAUCCUCAGGACAGGACCUUUUCCUUCUUCCUUCAGAUCCCUUUCUUGAUCCAGCAAGUGGCCAAGUUCCUUUGCCUCCUGCUAGGAGAUUACCAGGCGAAAAUGUCAAAGCCAACAGAGCAUCACAGGACUAUGAUCCGCUUCCUUCAUCUUCAGAUGGUUCACAAGCACCAGCCAGACCUCCUAAACCACGACCCCGCAGGACUGCACCAGAAAUCCACCACAGAAAACCCCAUGGGCCUGAGGCAGCAUUGGAAAAUGUUGAUGCGAAAAUUGCAAAACUCAUGGGAGAGGGUUAUGCCUUUGAAGAAGUGAAAAGAGCCUUAGAGAUAGCUCAGAAUAACGUCGAAGUGGCGCGUAGCAUCCUCCGAGAAUUUGCCUUCCCGCCUCCAGUCUCUCCACGUCUAAAUCUAUAGCAGCCAAGACUGUCAACACCAAAAUGGCAGGCAUUCGAUAUUCCAGGAUCAUGGAAAAGAGACAAGUGAGAGAAGGUGUCUCCUCGUGUGGCAUCUUGAGAAGAGGCUUGGAAGUGCUGCUUCUCAGAAGACAGCUGCUUGCUCAGGAUGUCAACAGCUGUGCUUAUUUCUGCUAGCCAUACUUUUAAAUCAGGGUUGAACUGACAAAAAUAAUUUAAAGACGUUUACUUCCCUUGAACUUUGAGUCUGUGAAAUGCUUUUCCUUGUUUACAAGUUGGCCAAGUUGCAGUUUGUUUUUGUUUUUAGAUUCGUUUUAGGGUUUUUGUUUUUUUGAUACCUGUACUGUGUUCUUUACAGACCCUUGGUAGAGUGGUCAGGUCUGCUGUAACAUCUCCCACCAACUCCCUCACUGUCCACGUCAACAGCUAAGUCACAUGUUCAUUUUGAUCUCUCCCACCCUGCCCCGGUCCAGUUCCAUUUCUCCCAUUUACAAGAUGCUUUAAAGGUUCUGAUUUUCAAUGUGUCAAACUAAUGCAAAAAAAAAAAAAAAAGUGUGUGGCCUUCACUACUGAGUCUUUUCUUUGGAAACCUUUGCUGUUGUGAGAUGGGAAAAUUAUGAAUGUAUAAAGCAUUUUUUUGUCAAUGAACUAACUGCCUUUUGAUAAGGGGUUUUCAUAUGAUCUAAAGGAACAUCCCUUUUUAGUGUUUUUUGAUCUUUAACCUCCCAUAUUCUCAUCUUUGCCAUCCCAGGGUGUCACUACUCUGUAAAAAUAUAAAAUAUUAGAAAGCAACUACUGCAAAUGUGGGAGAAAUACACUUGGCACAUGACAAUGCCGUACUGAAGUUAUAUAAUGAGGUCCCCUGACAUUUAUGCCUGCAUUACUUUGAGGCAUGCUGAGUAAGAGGGCCGUCUCCCUGAAAUAUAUUAAUAAUUUUCGGAUAAAAUUACCAUACCUUUCCCGAAGUGGAAUAGAUUUCAUUUCCUAUUUGAGUGAUUAUACUCUGGUACCUAACAGGUUUAGGAACCAGUUCACAUUGCAGUGGAAAAGUUAAAUCUUUUAUGCACUGUUAAGUGCCAAUGCUACUGUGGCAAUGUUUUUUUUUUUUUUUUCCUUUGGCAAAAUCUCUGCAAUCAAAGUUCCUAUUUGAUUUGUAGAUUCUCAUUGCUCCAUCCAGUCAGGGGAAAGAAAUUCAUCUAGUUUUGCUUUUUUUUCUCCCCCAAAAUGGAGGUUGGUUCUUCAGAAACAUUAUUUUAAUCUACAAAUAUUUAUUGAGCAUCUAUGAUGUGCUUGAUGCCAUUAGGCACUAUGUUUUUAAAGCACAAACUCGCAACUGAUUCCAAUAUAAUGUUUUGUUAUUCUUUAUCUGUGCUUUUGGUGGUAAAAGUCUCUCUCUGAUGGACAAAGCCUAAUGAGUAGUGGAGAAAUGGGACAAAAACUAGGCCUGUGUAAAAUGCUUGAACCCACAGAAGGUUCCCUAAAUAUGGACUAAUUGUGGGUUUGUGCACCUUUCUACCAUUCCCUUUCUAAACUUCACACCCAGUGUGAUGUAAUAGGAUGCAUCUGAUUGAGAGCUUCAGGCUUUGAAAGGACAGGACCAAACAGCUAGCAGGACCCCAGGGAAGUCCAUGUUCAGGACUGGAACAGCCACCAGGUUAACCUGGGGAGGUGAACUAAUGCAUUGUUUUCAAAGCGGCAUGUGCCACAUGUCCUUAUUCGUCAAUUUGGCUCUCACGAUAGAAUGUACUUGAGAGGAGUCACAGGUCUUGGGUGUUUUAAUUUCAAGUGAUUCUGCACUGGUUAAUGUCACUGGAGAGGAAUUUUUACUUUUCUUUAGAUGUUCUUCCUCCAGGUGGAGGAGUGCAGUUUUUAUACUUUUAAAAAUUGCAUCAGCUAAUUCUUCAUUGAUUUAUGAAUUCUGCAUAUAUCAUGAUUAUUCACUUUUUGUUUAACCAGUCUCUGAUGUCACGUUGAAAUAGCACUGUAUAUUUUGUUUUUUUUAUGACUUGCUGAUCAUAGGUACAACUAAAAGCCAAAAGUUGCCACUUCAUUGUGAUAACAUUGUUAUAACUUUAAUAGGGAAUGAGAUAAAAUACAAAUGUUAGGAAACAUAGGACAUCUUCAUUCAAUUUUCAAAUAUGUGAACUUUUCCAGUGAGAAUUAGAAAAAGACUGAUGAUAAUAUAGUAAAUUUAGACUUUUUAAAUCUAUUUUGCAAAGAAAAUGUGCUAGCCCCCACUAAAAUCUCUGCAUCUUGUACCCAAUAGUAGCCAUCAGUUUUAUCAUGAAAAAGAAUGAAUCAAAAACCUGAGUGGAAUGGAAAGAGGGAAACUUUCAAACAGUCAUGAAAAGCCCAUUGCUACCAAUUACCAACGACUACCAAACUCAAAAAAAUAUAUAUUUUUUGUAGAAAUAAACCUAAAUAAUCAUAGAAGUGACUACCCAUUAAGGGUUGGAAAUGAAGGUGACUUGGUUUCACUGUGAUCCAGAAAGUUAGACAUUCCUCCCAUUUCUCAAGACUUAGUAAUACAAUUAUUUUUUGAGCCAGUACACCAUAUAAUCCAUAUACUUAAAUCAUGGCCAAUAUUGCUCUCCUCCAUCCCCCAACAUGUUCUGGGGAUAGAAGUACUUAUCCUCAAUGAUAACCCAGUAAAUUAGUCUCCAUAAUUUUUUUCCCCUUGAUGUCUGCAAUACCCUGGCCAAGUUUUCUACAAUUGAAUCAGAGUAGCGCUUAUGGUUAACUUGAACCUCCUUCCACAAAAUGACCUUUAGCUCUUGCCUGUUCACCUCCCAUCGCCCGCAUUGCAAAUAGUCUUACUAAAGCCCUAAUUGCAACUUCAAAGGGUCCAUUUGUUAACUCAAUAUUUCACACACAAGAACACUUGCAAAGAUUUCUUCAUAAUGUGAAUUUUUUUCUUUUUCAGUUCCAUAAGCAUUUCCUACAGUUGGGACAUUUAUUUUUCCUCUUGAAUUUUCAACUUGAAGCUUUAAUUUGCACUGAAUUAUCUACCCUGGUUAAAAAUUUAAUUUUCUUCUCUUAAGCUGACACAUUUGGAAGCAAAUUACAGUGUGUUUUCAACAAUACAGGUACUGCCUGUUGACUUGGAAUUUUAGUGCUUCUAGGAAAAGUUGCCAGAAAAAGACAGCAAUAGAGUGAAGGGUUUCUUCCCAAUUACUAUUUUUUUUAAUGCCUUUUUAAAACUUGUCUAAUGUGGCAAAAUAGUUAUGUGUUCAAUUAAUUUAUAUUCAUCUUUUUUCAAUUCUGGUUAUUAUGUAAACUCAAGUACUUUAUCUGUUCUUUUAAGGUAUUUUAUAAAAUGAAUCUUAACAAAA